AUGAACUUCGCACCUUAUCAAGAUCAAUCACCGGAGAUUGAGCGUGUUUUAUCCCCUCCCCACCCAGACGGUCGCCGAAUAUCCCCAAUUCUCCGCUCACCGCGAGCCUCGACCGACCUACCCUCCCCUAGUCGCUUUGCUAGCGGUGGACAUGGCCACACAGGGUUCGGGCGAGACGUUGAGGGUGGCCAUGUGAGCUUAGGGGCUUUUGAAACAAGUCUUCCCAUUCGCAUGGAUAUCGAAGCAGCGCUAGCGUAUCUGCUUCUGCCUCCCGCCGGGGGUGUAUUCCUGCUACUAGCGGAACACAAGAGUGACUAUGUGCGAUUUCAUGCUUGGCAAUCCAGCAUGUUAUUUGCUACCAUGUUUAUCAUCCACAUACUGUUCUGCUGGUCGAGCUUCCUUUCCUGGACAUUGUUCAUUAUCGAUAUCGCAUUAAUCGGCUUCCUCAGCAUGCAUGCUUACCAAGAUGGUGAGUCUUCCGAGGUUUCUCCACAGGAGCUGUCAAUACAGCCGAUCUUUGAUACUUUGGACCACUUUGAAGUCCCAUUCUUUGGCCACCUGGCUAACUCCUUCGUUGAUGAUGAAUGA